AUGGGGAAAACUUGCAAGUUAGCAUCUAUAGUUUGAUCAAUAACUCAACUAGUAGAUGUUACUACUAUUUAAGCAAUAAUUUGGCCAGGGACGUUCUAAGAACACCUAAAAGUUGCCCUAUUGACAAAAUUAAGUUCUUUGAAAAAUGAUCUUCCUUCCUCUUUCAUUACUUGCUUCUCUAAUUUCAAUUCUUUUUAUCGCCAUCCUCCUCAAAUGUUUCUCUAAAUCCCAGAAUAUAUUACCUCCUUCUCCAUGGAAACUUCCAGUAAUUGGAAAUCUCCAUCAACUAGGCAAACACCCGCAUCGCUCCCUCCAAAUGUUGUCCAAAAAAUACGGUCCCUUAAUGCUUCUUCAACUAGGCAAAAAUCCAGCACUUAUUGUGUCCUCAGCUGAUGCGGCUCACGAGAUAUUGAAAACUCAUGACUUAGUUUUCUCGAAUAGGGCUAAAACAAGCGUCCAUGACAGACUACUUUACGGCUCAAAAGACAUGGCCUUCACUAGCUAUGGUGAGUAUUGGAGGCAAGUGAGAAGCAUUUGUGUGAUUCAACUUUUAAGUAACACGAGGGUACAAUCUUUUAAUGGUGUACGAGAAGAAGAGACGCUUUUAAUGGUUAAGAAGAUUCGCGAGCUAUGUUCUGUCUCGCGACAUUUAGGGAUGAAUUUGAGUGAUAUUUUGCGUGAAUUUACAAGUGAUGUAUUCUGUAGGAUCGCUUUAGGUAGGAAGUAUGCUAAUGGAGAAACCGGGAACAAGUUUAAGUUUCUGCUGAAUGAAACUGUUGAGCUAUUAGGUGAAUUUAACGUGGGGAGCUACAUUCCGUGGCUUAGAUGGGUGGAUCGCUUAAAUGGUUUGGAUAAAAGAGUAGAAAUAGUAGCUAAAGAAUUCGACAAAUUCUUGCAAAGAGUUGUUGAUGAGCACAGAGAUGAUAAGAGCAAAACCAGUACUGAAGUUGGACCAACAGAUUUCGUUGAUAUCUUACUUGAAUUGCAGAGACAAGGCAAGGCUGGCUUUUCUAUUCAAAUUGACACUGUCAAAGCAGUUAUCCUGGACAUGUUUUUAGCUGGAAGCGGCAGCAUAUUUGCACUUCUCGAAUGGUCAAUGACACAACUGUUACGAAAUCCCAAAGUACUGGAGAAAUUGCAAAAUGAAGUGAGACAAAUAGCUCAAGGAAAGUCUAGUGUAACGGAGGAUGAUGUACCAAAAAUGCAAUAUCUGAAAGCAGUAACGAAAGAAAGCCUACGGUUGCAUCCUCCAAUUCCAGUAAUUCCUCGCGAAUCAAUUCAAGAUGUUAGAGUGAUGGGAUAUGAUAUAGACGCAAAAACACAAGUUUUUAUCAAUGCUUGGGCGCUAGGAAGAGACCCUUCGUUGUGGGAAAAGCCUGAAGAAUUUCAGCCUGGGAGGUUCUUUAAGACCGACGUUGAUUUUAAAGGAUUUGAUUUUGAGUUUAUUCCAUUUGGUUCAGGGCGAAGGGGAUGCCCAGGAUCCCAAUUCACCCUCGCUGUUAGCGAACUUGCAUUGGCAAAUUUGUUGUUGAACUUUAAUUUUGAGUUGGUUGAUAAGCCAAAAGCGAAGGAUUUGGACAUUGUAGAAUCAACUGGUGUGGCUGUGCAUAAGAAGUAUCCUCUGAUUGUUCUUGCAACUCCAUGCUCUUGCUAGUGCUGUAUUUUUGGUCUCAAUUGUAUAACGUCGUAUAAGUACAUAUGCUUUACAUAAUUCAAUAAUUAUUAUUCAUCGUUACAGAUCAGUAUUUUAAUCUGUGUAACCUGUCCACCCUAACUCUUUAUCACUCAAUACCUCACG